AUGGUUAAUGGAGUGGCUAAACGGUUGAAAUUUUGUAAAUAUGGUCUCUUUGCUGACGAUAAAUCGGCUUAUUACCAUUUCAAUCCGUCUCAAUUAAAUGACGCUACGCAUAAAUUAAAUUCUGAUGCUCAAGCUGUUGCUGAUUGGGCUAAGGAGGUUGGCCUCGAACUAAACCUUGUGAAGACAAAAGUAAUGAUCCUAAGGAGUAAUAGGAAAUUGAAGAUUCUCAAGGACUGUGAUCUUCCACAAAUAAUCAUCGAUGGUAAUGUUAUCCCAUAUGUCAGCUCAAUUAAACAUCUGGGUGUUCAUUUAUCAGCCAAUCUCUCCUGGGAUCUGCACGUUUCGCAUAUUUCUCGUAAAGUUUAUGGUGCUCUAAAUAGCCUCAAAUAUAGGAAGAAUAUUUUAUCUACUUCAACUCGAAAAUUACUGGUUGUUGCAAUGAUUAUUCCUAUCAUUGACUACUGCUCUUUGGUCUUGAUAGAUAUAUCGAAAAGGCUAGAUUAUAAGCUACAGCGUCUAAUAAACAAUGGCAUAAGAUUUAUUUUCAAUCUGAAGCGUGAUGAACAUGUUACACCUCAUAGACGCUCUUUACAGUGGAUCACAGUUAAAUCGAGGCGGUAUUAUUUCUUGGCUUGUUUUUUGUACAAACUCUUCAGCUCUGGUGAACCUAGUUUCCUCAGAAGCCUAUUCGUCGAAGAGUCACCUAAUAUCAGACGUUCCGAGAGAGUAGCUGCCAGAAAUAAUAACAUCACAUUUAAAAUUCCCAAUUUUUCAACUGCUUCUUAUGAACACUCAUUUUUAAUCUCUUCAAUACGUCUUUGGCGUGAAUUACCACCUGAUGUCAUCAAUGCACUUAGUAUUGUCACCUUCAAGACAAAAGCUUAUAAAUUCUUCCAUGACCUUGAGCUCAAGGAGAGCCUAAUACCUGGUACCAUUGAGGAAAUUUCAAGUUGUUAA